UCCGCUUGAACCUCAACUUCAAAUUGCUUUUGCCUCCAUCAACCACGACCAACUCUCGCUCUCGCUCUCGGUCUCUUUCUCUGUAUUUUUAGCAUUCGAAAUGAAGACUGUGGAAGUUAAUACACCUGCUAAGUCUGGGAAAACAAUGGAAAUUGAGGAUGACUAUGUGCCCAAGUCUUCGGAACCAAGCGUCACAAUUCAGGUAUACCGUCAUGCUGGAGCUACCAGAUCCCCCAUUUUCCCUUCACCUGUUACCUCUUCUCCAGCUCCUCAUCCCUAUUUCUGGGGAAAUCAGCAUUGUUUUGUGCCAAUAGAGGGGAAUGCAAUUUGGUACCCUGCUUCAUAUCACACAGCUCCUAAUGCUUAUCCUUCCGUAGCUGGGGAAUUUUCUCCAACAAGGAAGCGGACCUCUGUCCAGAUGAUUGAAGCUGGAGUAGGUGUAAAUAACAGUGGUACAGCCCAGAAGGUAUCUCCCAAUGCAUCUGUCACACUUCCAGAGGCUUCAGCAACUAUGGUUAGACCUCAAGAGGUCAAGCAAGAAAACUGUAUUCAGCAUGAGGAUGAAUUGAGAAAGGAAAGAAAGAAGCAGGCUAAUAGGGAGUCAGCUAAGAGGUCAAGAUUACGCAAGCAGGAAGAAUGUAACAAACUACAGGCAGUGGCAAGGACAUUAAAAUCGGACAUUUCCAUUCUCUGUGACAAGUUAGUGAGACUUUCCGAGAAAUGUAUGGAGUUUGAAAGAGAAAACAAGUCAAUAACGGAAGAGCUAAUUCAGACAUAUGGGCUAGGUGCAAUUUCCGACCUUGAAGUCAAGUAUCCUGACGUUUUUCAACAAUAUCUUGAUGACAAAAGGAACAGCAAUGACACAGAAAUUCAAAGCACCAUCAGCAUGAAAGAAGAAACUACAAGUGAGGAUACGACAUCUCCUAAUCAGAAUACAGAACAUUAAACCCUUGAGGCUAACUCUUAAUAUCUCUGUCACCAUUCCUAGUCUAGAAUGCUUCCUUUUGUUUUCCAUCUUUCCCUCUCUCGGCCAAAAUGUUAAAACCCCCAAUUGUUUCUACUUAAUGGCUUUCAUUAUUUCAUAGGAGAGUUCUGUUUAGGUAUAUAUCCAUUCUUGGUGUUUGAACAUGUGUGGUACAAUAAUGCAAAAGUUAAAAUCUGCAAGAGAAGGAAGCACAGAGGACAAUAAUAUUCUUAUUGUUGCUA